AUGGGAUUUGGGUCAGUGACCUGGAUUUCCUUUCAGGGCUCAGCAGAUUCGUACACGAGCAGACCCUCAGACUCUGAUGUCUCUUUGGAAGAGGACAGGGAAGCAAUCCGCCAGGAAAGGGAGCAGCAAGCAGCCAUCCAGCUUGAGAGGGCCAAGUCCAAACCAGUAGCAUUUGCUGUCAAGACCAACGUGAGUUACUGUGGGGCUCUGGAUGAAGAUGUUCCUGUCCCAAGCACUGCCAUCUCCUUCGAUGCCAAGGACUUCCUCCACAUUAAAGAGAAAUACAACAAUGACUGGUGGAUAGGGAGACUGGUGAAGGAGGGCUGCGAGAUCGGCUUCAUCCCCAGCCCGCUGCGCCUGGAGAACAUCCGCAUCCAGCAGGAGCAGAAGAGGGGCCGCUUCCACGGAGGGAAAUCCAGUGGGAAUUCUUCCUCAAGCCUUGGAGAGAUGGUUUCUGGCACAUUUCGAGCCACACCUACAGCCACAGCAAAACAGAAACAAAAAGUGACAGAACAUAUUCCCCCUUAUGAUGUAGUGCCAUCAAUGAGACCUGUGGUGUUGGUGGGCCCCUCACUCAAAGGCUAUGAGGUGACAGACAUGAUGCAGAAAGCUCUCUUUGACUUCCUGAAGCACAGGUUUGAUGGGAGGAUAUCCAUAACCAGAGUGACAGCUGACAUCUCCCUGGCCAAGAGGUCUGUGCUCAAUAACCCCAGCAAGAGGGCGAUCAUCGAGCGCUCCAACACCAGGUCCAGCCUAGCUGAAGUGCAGAGUGAGAUUGAAAGAAUCUUCGAGCUGGCCAGGUCCUUACAGCUGGUUGUCCUGGAUGCAGACACUAUAAAUCACCCUGCACAGCUUAUCAAGACAUCUCUAGCACCAAUUAUUGUCCAUGUGAAGGUGUCCUCUCCAAAGGUUUUGCAGCGACUGAUCAAGUCCAGAGGGAAGUCACAAAGCAAACACUUGAAUGUGCAGUUGGUGGCAGCUGAUAAACUUGCACAAUGCCCACCAGACAUGUUUGACGUGAUCCUGGACGAGAACCAGCUGGAGGACGCCUGCGAGCACCUGGCCGAGUACCUGGAGGCGUACUGGAGAGCCACGCACACGUCCAGCGCCGCGCCCAUGACCCCUCUGCUGGGCAGGAACCUGGCAUCCAGCGCCCUGUCCCCGUACCCCGCCGCCAUCUCCGGCCUGCAGAGCCAGCGCGGGAGGCACGGCGCCCACUCCGCGGAGAACUCUCCCAUCGAGCGCCGCAGCCUCGUGACCUCCGACGAGAAUUACCACAACGAGAGGGCUCGGAAGAGCAGGAACCGCUUGUCUUCCAGUUCCCAGCACAGCCGAGACCACUAUCCCCUCGUGGAAGAGGAAUACUCUGACCCCUACCAGGACUUGUACAAACCCCACCGGAACCGCGGCUCCCCCGGCGGGUACAGCCACGACUCGCGGCACCGGCUCUGAGUCCGGGGACUGGGGAAAAAAACCAGGAUCCAUCCGUUGGUACCUUGCCAUAACGUAGCUAGAAAUAACAAUUAGAUCACGUUCAUUUGGCAGGUGUGACAGUGACACUGCGGUUGCACUCUGCUGUCAUUGAUGUUUAAUUAGGGGGCAGCAAAACCCAAACCCGGCCCUUCCGUUUCUGCCCGAUCAUAGAGGUUGUUUUUGGGAUUAUUUUUGGGUUUAAUACAGCAUUUGCAUUUAUAGCCAUAUUUUUUUCUUGUCCUUAGGUAUUAGACACAUCCGUUUGUAAUUUUGGGUACUUAUUGAGGCACUUAUAAAAUAAUUUCCUGUGCUGGAAAUUCCAAAUGACCAGUUCCAGUUGGAACCAAUUUAUAAACCAAUUCCUGUUGGAAUUUGGGUGAAUUGACUGGAAAGUCGACGUGAGCAUGUUGGGAAAAAAACAAACAAACCAAGUACAAAGAAAAAUCUGCAAAUUACAAACCACUGAGAGUCAGAAAGUCAGCUCCAGUAUUUGUUUGCUGGGAGCUCAGUUUCCAUUUCAGGUUAGAAUGAAAGGAUUUAUUCUAACGAUUUCUUUCCAGAAUGGCUUUUUCAGACAAACCAAAUGUCAACUCUCGAGAGUGCCAAAUAUCCCAAACUAUUGCAGCAGUUUCAAAACACUUUCCAGUUUGAAAUUGUUUUUAGGCCUGGCAUGAAUGUUGCAGCCAAAUGAUUCUUGAGUUCAGCCAGUCCUGAGAGUUUUGUGGGGACCAGCGGGGAGGAAAUGUGACAGGAGAUGGGAAAUAGGGACAGGAAAAGGAACAAACUCCAUGGUUUGUUUGCUUGGAAGUUGGGAAUAGUCUUUUUUUUCCCCUCACUCUUUUACCUGAACACAGCUAGAAUUCCCAAAAUGGAACAGGAAUAUCGAGACAUCCGAUUUUUCUCCCAUUUUCUAUCCUGCUUUUUCAGUGGAAAGCAAUCCCCCCAUCUCUGAGCCCAUGUGUAGAGUACCUUCAUCCCAGUACCCCAAGUCGCUGCCCACACGUUCCAUCUUCCCAAAUGCACCUCUGAAUGUCUGACGAUUCCAGCGGCGCACAAGAACUCUCCACAAGAUCCAUUCCAGCCAUGAAAUCCAAGGGGAAGGGAGUGGGCUUAAACAAUCAUCGGUGACCAACAUUUCAAACAACAUCUCGGUCAGAAUUGCAAUAAAAAGGGAAUGUCAGACAAAAAUCUGCUCCCGGGGAAGUGGUAGAGCUGAUUCCAAGCUUUGGAUUCCAAGAGCUCUGAUAAAUCCUUGGAGAUAUUGCUGCCUUACUUCCUACCAACCAUUUCUUUCACCUACUGAGUCCUGAGUUCCUUCCAAGAGAUGAAUUCCUGUGGUUGCACCUUGUGUUUUACACCAUCAGUGAAGCCUUAGAUGCCAUGGGAUUGAAAAUUGACCCCCAUUGCCCGUUUUGUACAACCACUGACAUCUUCCAGCAGAGCCUCCCAAAAUUUCCCACCUCACACAUUCCCUGGAUUUGACACAAUCGUGCUGAACGUGAAUUUGUUUAUGCAGCUUCGUGUCCCAACUUCUUUUUUUUUUUAUUCCCCAAAAUAAGGAUCAUUAACUUUUUUUUUGCUUGUUUUCCUCCCAAAGCCUGCUGAACCCAGGCUUUGAAAACAUGUAGCACUAAAGGAAUUUCUGGAAUAUUCCGGUUUCUUCUGCUUCCUGGACCAGCUGGCAAAGACCAGUGGUGUUUCCAGCAUCCAGGAGUCUGAUGAUCCUCUUGGAAGUUACUGGGAAAAGCAAUCCAUGUCCUUUGUGGGACACCCAAACCCCCAGCAGCAUUCAAAGGUGCCAGACACCUGAUUAAUUAAUCACUUUAAUGACCCCACUGCUUAACAGGCAGCUCCAGCACCACUGGGUGAUCCCAAUGGACCAGUUACCAAGGGAAAUAAUGGGAAUCCACUGGAUUCCCAGAGUUGUGGGUGGAUCCUGAUCCUGCACCAUUCCCUCUGGCUGCAGAGGAGCUCUGAGGCCGAGGGGACGUGGCAGGACCUGGCGUGGGACCAGCAGCUCCUCCAGGGUUCUGUGCUGCAGCACGGUGGAGCAUCCUCCAGGAAGUUUUCCAGCCCUUUCUCCAUGUCCAGCACACGGACCUGCCUGAGAAAGGAGCCCUUGGGCCACCCCUUCUUCUCUCCUGUUGAAGUCCUGAUUGCAGGGGAGCUGUAGAACCCUGGGCAGCAGCUGCUUCUCUUUGUUCUGUGCUAAAUUAGGGAUCAGCUCAUUAAGUGCUUGAGGAGAUUUGCAUAUUUGCAGUGGCUGCAAAGCACCAGGUCCAUUUCCUAGAGCCUUUCAGAGCCUUGUUUGAAGUCUUCCAUGUCACCCCAGGCACCACAUCUGCACAGUCCAUCACCUGAACAUCUCUGGUUUGACAAAAACAAACUUGUGAGGGAAGCCAGGGCUGGGCCUCAGGUCCUUUAUUCCAUGGGGUGGAGCUGCCCUGACUCCUGAGUUUCUCCCAGACCCCAUUCCCUUGUAAUAAAAGGAGCCGGGGCCCUGCAGAUCUCCCUCCUUGCUGGGGGUGUUUAAUUCUUUAAAAAGAGAUAUUUUUUAAGUAUAAAUACACCAACUGUGCUGGGAGACUCUUCAUUUAUUGCAGAUACUGUGGGCAGUCUUUGUUUGAAAAAGGGAUUUCUGUUCAGGACACGGUAAGGAGUGAAAGCUGUGCUGAGGAUCGGGAUUGGGAAUUCCCAGUGGGAUCUGUUGGGGUUUAGUUGAAAUUGUGGAGUUCAUGUGUUCCUGACUGAAGCAAUCCAGCCUCAUUCUCCAGUCCUCACAUCAUUUCUUGUUAUUAAAAGAAUACUAAAGACCAGAGCUCUGUUCUGAGCUCUGGCAGAGACAGAGGGUUUAGAAAUGUUUCUAAAAUAGGGAUUUUUUUUAAGUUCUCUUGUUAUCCGAGCUUCUCAUUCAGACACUUGGGAAUUAACAAGGAUUUAACCAAUAAAGAAGGUUGUAAUAAGAAUCUCUAAAGAGAAAAUUCAGCACAUUCUUAUCUUUGGGAAUCAAUUCUUUUAAUUGUUAACCUUUGAAUUUCAAAUGCUUUCUCCUUGGAGUUGUAUUUAACAUGUACAGAUUCUUUUCCUGAUGCCAAACAUUUCUCCCAUGGGAUGUGCAACUCACAGCUGCUGAUAUUUGUAACUUCAGUUUGAUGCCAAAUCUUUUGAAUUCAGCUUGGUCUCAACACCACAGAAUUCCCUGGAGCAUCCAGACUCUCCUGUGUUUACUGACUUCACCAUUCUAAAAUAAUUUUGUCAUUCGUGUUGUUCACAGCGCACUGAUUUGGGUAAGUCAGGGGUUCUGGCACUGCUUUUUUCUUUAAUAAUCCAUUAAAUGUGUCCUCUGCUGUAUUUUCUUUCACAAGUUCAGUACUUCUGAAACCUGUCCUUCAUCCCACAUUCCUGAUUUUUUAAUUUUUUUUUUAAGGCAAAAUAAUUGGAGACUACACAUGACAAAAUCAGAUGCCUAUUUUACAAAAUGCCAUUUGUACAAACCUGGGUUUGCUCCUAAAAAAGUGAAUUUUAAAAUCAAGUUGUGUUACACCUGUUGGUGCCAGCCCAGGUUUGGAUCCAUGGUGCCAUGUAUUUUGUUGGAGUUAUUAUUAGUUAUUAUUAGUUAAUAUUAGCCCUGCAAAGGCUGCAGGAUCCUGUAAUGCAGCCAAGCUUAACUCUGGGGGAAUGGAGUUAAAAUGAUCCUAAAAGAGAGUGUGGUGUCAUUAUUUAAGAGUCAUUUGAAUAACCUUGGUGAGUUUGUUGCCAAGCCCAGUUUAUUUUAUAUAGAAAAGCAAAAGGUGUAUCUUUAAAAAGAAAAGGAAAUUUUAAUAAAGUUGUAAAAUAUAUGUAAGGAAUUAACUCAGAGGUGAAAAUGCUACUUAGGAGUGAAAUUUCAGAUUUCUUUCAUUGUGUGUGGAAUCCAAUCCACUCAAGAAGUCAGGAGAAAUAUUGUGAUUAAAUCCAUCCAGAGAAUUUGGGGAGGAGGUGGAAAUAAUUUCAAAUGUUAAUGAGUGUCACUCCUUUAUUCCUUUGAAACUGGGAGCAGCCUUGGCUGGGUCUGAGGAGGAUUUAUGGAUCUGCCUCGGGAAUUUGGGAAACCAAAUUCCUUGGCAAUGACACCCAGCUCCUGUCUUGUCCAAGAGCAAGGUCUGCCCAGGAAUGGCACCUCCUGAUCAUCCCCUGCCUUAUCAAUAUUGCCUGAAAACCAAACUGCAAUUAACUGUAAUUAACUGUGACAUCCCCAGUUAAAUCUGCUCUGCAGCAGAGAAUCCACAGAGCUCAACAUUCUCUCUUUUGCCAAUGGCAUGAAAACAGAGCAAGGGAAAAGAAGCACAUUUGUUAUAGCACAAAUUUACAAUAAUUCCACUCCUGCAUCUGGCAUCGUGUUCUUGGAACCAAGGGGGAGAUUUCUGAUCCAGCAUCAGUGGAUUUAUUGCAUUUUUGAUCUGUUUACUCGCUGCCUGAUACUUCAGCAGUUGAUUUUGGCAUUUUGCACAUGGGAUUGAUUUUUCAAUAACUCGUAUCCCUUCCAUAUUAAUUAAUUAAUGACAGCAAAAAGAAUCUUUUCAAAUCACAGAGCCCACUGCAUUCAUUUCUGCUGAUUUCCUCCUGGAAGCUGAAAUCACAUUAAUAACUUUAAUUUUGGCCAAUGUGUAGAUCUGGGAUGUGACUGGUGAAUCCACCAGCAGCCCGAGGUCGGGAGUGAAACGCUCCCAGUAAAUGUUUGUGGGGUUGGAGAGGGGGGAGGGAAGAGUCACAGCACCCCAAAUGCCCAAGGAGGGAAGCUGAGGUUAAGGAAUGUGUUUGGGAUUGGGAUAGAGCUGAUGGAUUCCCUCCUGGUGCAGCCAGGGAGAAAGCUGGGAUCAGCAAUUCCAACUGCAAACUCCAGACCUUGGGCUUCUCAGAUCCCAGGAAAUCUCUGUUUCUCAGCCCAGCUGGUUCCCAGGGAGAGCCUGGCAGCGCUGCCUCGCUGGGAGCCAGCUCAGAGCCGCACUGGUGAAGACAUUUC